GAAUUUUUAAAUAAAUAGCCAUCGAAGUAUCCGGAUCGCGGUGAUCCGUACCUGCGAUCCUCGCGCUGCUGCUUCAUCCGCUCACCGUAAUGGCCGCUGAGAAGCCCGUCGAGGUCUGCGUCAAGGCCGCCGUCGGCGUUCCUGACUCCCUCGGCGACUGCCCUUUUAGCCAGAGGGUUCUUCUGACGCUGGAGGAGAAGAAGAUUCCCUACGAUAUAAAGUUGUUGGACGUCAACAGCAAGCCGGAUUGGUUCUUGGAAAUAAGCCCGGAGGGUAAGGUGCCGGUGCUGAAGUUGGAUGACGGAAAGUGGGUUCCCGACUCCGAUGUGAUCACCCAAAUCUUAGAGGAGAAAUAUCCGAACCCUUCUCUCGUCACUCCUCCGGAGUACUCAUCAGUGGGAUCAAAAAUAUUUUCCUCUUUCAUAAAGUUCUUGAAAAGUAAGGAUGCUAAUGAUGGGUCGGAACAAGCUCUUCUUGAUGAGCUACAUGCAUUGGAUGAGCAUCUGAAACAGCAUGGCCCAUAUGUCAAUGGCGAGAACGUAUCAGCUGUGGACUUGAGCUUGGCACCUAAGUUGUACCAUCUCGUAAUUGUGCUUGAUCAUUUCAAAGGAUGGAAGGUUCCAGAGAAUCUUACCUAUGUUCAUGCUUACAUUAAGCUGCUCUUCAACCGGGAGUCGUUUGUGAAGACGAAGCCUCCAAAGGAGGAACACGUGAUUGCCGGAUGGGCACCAAAAGUUACUGCUUGAUCUGUGUAGUGUUUGUCAGGAAUAUGGCCUCCUGCUGCGUGUUCCCCUGUUUGUUUCUGUCUCUCACCUUUUAGCUACUUCGUUAUCCCGUGUAGAACCUUAAAUAAGAGCUCCUUUUAUGGUUGUCAGGAAUCUAUUAGAGUCGUUCACAA